AUGAUGCGGCCAGACGUUCGCGGCUUGCGGCUUUCUAUUCAGCGCAAAAAUGGCAGACGACCAACGGGGUCGUCGGAACGGCGUGAAGAAAAUAACGCCGUUUCGUUUUCUCUGGACUCUAUAAAGGAGGCCGUGGACGAGUUGUACACGUUUCGAGACAACUAUUACGUGAAAAACCCCAGCGCUUCUGAAAAGCAGAGAACUGAUGAUGUCGAGGAAAAGCUUAGGAAGAUUCUGGACAAAUUAGACGCUCAAGGAGGAGCACUAGAAAAGGUGGACAGAGCAAAAUUCCAUAUGCUGAAAGGGAAGGCACUUAACAUUCAAGAAGACUAUAACCCAGAGGCACACGAAGCACUUUCCAAAGCUGUGAAGCUCAAUCCCAAACUGGUCGAAGCAUGGAAUGAGCUUGGAGAAUGCUACUGGAAAAAAGGACAGAUUACCAAGGCACGCAACUGCUUUGAAGGUGUUCUGAAAGUGACAAAGGACAAAGUGUCGCUGCGAAACCUGUCUAUGGUCCUUCGGCAAGUUGGAGAAACAGAAGAAGAAAGGCUUAACAAUGUCUGUGAGAGCGUUGCAAAAGCUAAAGAGGCAUUGCAGCUUGAUAUCACUGAUGGAAAGACUUGGAGUAUUCUUGGUAAUGCAUACAUGGCAGUCUUUUUUUCUGGUGCACAAAAUGUCAAGUCACUGCAGCAGGCUUUGGCAGCAUACUCUAGGGCUCUUGAGGAUCCACGAAUGCACUGCUGCUCUGAGCUGUUUCACAAUCGCGCUGCGGCCUUGCAACAUGAGGAGAACUACCAGGGUGCUUUGGAACAACUGGAGCGUGCAUGCUCCUUGGAGCCCCAUUGGACUGAGCCUCGAGAUAAAGCCCAGAACCUGAUGGCACACUUGCAACGACUGGCCAACGCUGUUUCACAUAAGGGUCACCUUAAACCACGCAAGAUCAAGGCUUUGCUAAGCAACCUAAAGGUGCAGCCGCUAGCAGGUCUUGAGCCGGCCAAGUUGCAAGAUCUGUGUCCAGGAAAGAACAGUGGCCGCCUACUCACUGUCAAAGUGGCCUGCAGUGUCCUCUCCCAGGAUCGCUUCCCAUUCACUAUGUGUGCUUUGGAUGAAGAUGCUUCCUGUCUUGCUGUGAAUGUCUACAAUAUGGCUGAUGGACGGGGAUUUGUUGUUGGAGACUCCGUUGCAAUUCCUGAGCCAAAUUUGCAUCAUAUUCGAGUUAAUCACAAAGGCCUUGUGAGUAUUUCUUGCUUGUUUACAAAAUCUUGUGUACGAGUUGGACAUAAGGCAUUCUGUGCCUUUUAUAUUUAAGAUCUUUCAUACAUACUCCAUGUUAUAUGUGUAUACCUGAAGCCUGAUCAUGUUGGCAUGCUGAAUACAUAGACACAUUGUUCACAGUAAGAUGUUCAUUGGCGAUGCUGAUAAGAGAUUCCUCCAUGACAGCAGCAGUUGCUGACUCAUCCGCAGCAUGUUAUGUCGGAAUUCUUUGUACAGUAUAGACCACUUCUAAUGUAACCGCUUAUAGUGCAGGACCGGAUAUAGUACGGUCUUUUCAGACUCCCGUUAAUUUUCCCACAGCACUCCAUGUAUACGCAUACCACUUACAGUGCAGCCGCUUGAGACAAAAUAUUGGUUAUAAUG